GUUUAUCUAGUCAUCUUUCAACGGAUGGAAAUACGCCCUUGGAAUGAUUGAACUCACGCCCUUCAAUUGACAAGAUGCAACCUCGUCAUACCUCAAACCCAAAGAUAAGAGUUCUGGAAGGUUACCCAUCCACUAUGACUCGAUAGAGUUGAACAAUUCGAGCUUAUCAGAGGUCGAGGACUGAAAGCUGAAAAAGACGAUGUGGGGUUGAUGGCAAUGCAUGCCCCUGUCCCUGCUAUAGGUAAGACGGAGUGACGGGGUAACCCUCCACCGGAAGGAUCCGCUGAUGACAGACGAUCCGGUUCGGUUUCCCGGUUGGCAAGGGUCUGAUGAACGGUCCGAUGGAGUCAUGGCACUCACAUGUGCACAUGUUUGUGGGGUUCCGUGAGUCAAGAUCAUUGACGUCUCAUACCUAACAAGCUUUCAUAUUUCAAGGAGUGUUUCCCUACUCACUCAUCGCAAAUAUCAUCACCCAUUCUCUUGGUCUCUCGACACCCAGCAAUCAACAAGUCACAAUGGUCGCCACCACCGUCGAGCUGCCUCUGCAGCAAAAGGCCGACGCCGCCCAAACUGUUACUGGCCCCCUCCCAUUCGGCAAUUCCCUCCUCAAGGAAUUCGUCCUCGACCCUGCCUACCGGAACCUCAACCAUGGCUCCUUCGGCACCAUCCCCUCCGCCAUCCAACAAAAACUCCGCAGUUACCAAACCGCCGCCGAAGCCCGCCCCUGCCCCUUCCUCCGCUACCAAACCCCCGUACUCCUCGACGAAUCCCGCGCCGCCGUCGCCAACCUCCUCAAAGUCCCCGUCGAAACCGUCGUCUUCGUCGCCAACGCCACUAUGGGCGUCAACACUGUCCUGCGCAACAUCGUCUGGUCCGCCGACGGCAAGGACGAGAUCCUCUACUUCGACACCAUCUACGGCGCCUGCGGCAAGACCAUCGACUACGUCAUCGAAGACAAGCGAGGGAUCGUUUCUUCUCGCUGUAUCCCAUUGAUCUACCCCGCCGAAGACGACGAUGUCGUCGCUGCCUUCCGGGACGCCAUCAAGAAGAGCCGCGAAGAAGGCAAGCGACCCCGUCUGGCUGUUAUCGACGUCGUCUCCUCCAUGCCUGGCGUACGGUUCCCGUUCGAGGACAUCGUCAAGAUCUGCAAAGAAGAAGAGAUCAUCUCGUGCGUGGACGGCGCCCAAGGCAUCGGCAUGGUGGACCUCAAGAUCACCGAGACCGACCCGGAUUUUUUGAUUAGUAACUGCCACAAGUGGCUGUUUACUCCGCGCGGAUGUGCCGUGUUCUACGUGCCUGUGCGUAACCAGCACUUGAUCCGCUCGACGCUGCCUACUAGCCAUGGGUUCGUGCCGCAGGUCGGGAAUAGGUUCAACCCGCUGGUGCCGGCGGGGAACAAGUCAGCGUUUGUUAGCAACUUUGAGUUUGUGGGCACGGUGGAUAACUCGCCGUUCUUUUGUGUUAAGGACGCGAUCAAGUGGCGCGAGGAGGUGCUCGGUGGGGAGGAGAGGAUCAUGGAGUACAUGACUAAAUUGGCGAGGGAAGGUGGACAGAAAGUGGCGGAGAUUCUGGGGACGAGGGUGUUGGAGAAUAGCACGGGAACGCUGAUCAGGUGCGCCAUGGUCAAUAUUGCGUUGCCGUUCGUUGUGGGAGAGGAUCCCAAGGCGCCGGUCAAGUUGACGGAGAAGGAGGAGAAGGAUGUUGAAGGGUUGUAUGAGAUUCCCCAUGAGGAGGCAAACAUGGCGUUCAAGUGGAUGUACAACGUGCUGCAGGACGAGUUUAACACGUUUGUACCCAUGACCUUCCACAGGAGGAGGUUCUGGGCCAGAUUGAGCGCGCAGGUGUAUUUGGAGAUGAGCGAUUUCGAGUGGGCGGGGAAGACGUUGAAGGAGUUGUGUGAGAGGGUGGCUAAGGGGGAGUACAAGGAGAGCGCCUGAUUUUGGAUUUGGAUAUGAUGACGAUAAGUUCAAUCUACCUUGAUACCCUGCCUUGUUCCUUCAUUCGAUGAUGCUUCUGUUUACACAGGUCUAGUUCGGCAAAAUCUUCUCAUCCGGGCCACAAUGUCCAGCGAUCUUCGGUGUGCCCUUCCCAACGCCCAUCUCCCUCAAGCUCCUGACCGUAUCAGCCACGCUUUCCUCCAAACUCCUACACUCGAGCUCCAGCACCUCCUUACUCCUCGCAUUGUCGAACUUCCAGUGAUUCUCCGGGAAGUCAUCAAACUUGACACAAUCUUGACACAUUUCCACUUCUUCCCCCUUGUUCUCAACCUCGCUGCCUUGUUGGUGUUGGUGUUGCUUCGCUCUACACAACCCAUGAACAACCCCUGCAAUUUUCGCAUUGCUAAAGAACCCCCCAACAACAUAAAACCGCUUCCCUCCCGCCUCGGGCCUCGUCAUCGCCCUCACAUGCGCAACGGCUACAUCGCGCACAUCCACAAACGUGAAUACCGGCGCCGUCCGCGGAAUUACCUGGCACCACUUACCCGUCAAGCAAUCAGCAAUCCUCUCAUUCGACGUAUUAACCUUCAAUUCCCCGGCAUUCUUGACGUCCAGACUCCUUGGCAGCGGCCCAAACGUAUACGUGUUAUUAAUCGUCGCCAAGUCCCAACUGAGCUCGUUCUCUUCCAUAAACUCCCACGCCGCUUGCUCGGCGAACUUCUUGCUAGCUCUGUAUGUCGUGUCGCCGGGCGCGUUGGGGUCCGCGGCCUGGUCCCAGUUCAGUGUCUCAUCGUCGGGCCAAGAGGAUUCAU